GCCUGGCCAGAUAAGAGGUUUUGGGCGGGCAGUCUGCAUUUUUUUCAAGCUCUCAUUAUGCUGCACCAGUAUCUCCAGAUGCUGUUCCCAGGGAAUUAAGCUGCUUUCUAUUUAAAACUGCAAAGAGCAAUGGAGAGUUUAGGCAAAGACCAUGCUUAUUCGGACUCUUCCCUGCCACCCUCUGCAGCCCGUGAGGAGUAUGCUGUGCCAGAUGUCAUCAUCACCCACCGCUUGAGGGACCGGGAGCUGCUCCGGAAAAGAAAAGCAGAAGCCCAGGAGAAAGACUCAAUUCAGUGGGUCCUGAGGGAGCAGGAGAAGAACAAACGGCAAAGGAGAGGCAGAGGAGCCAGGCGAGGACGGGGCCACCAGCUGGCAGUGGAGCCCAGCCCGGAGCCAGAACCAGAGCCGGACCCUCAGCUUGACCCACAGGAGGAGGCUGAGCCAGCGCCCUCCAAGCUGGCACUGCCUGAGCCACUGCAUCAAGAACAGCCGCCCGUGCUCGUGUGCACCCUCCCGCCCCCCCCGGUGCGGCUACAGGAGGCCGCCGUGCGGAGCUGGGCAGGAGGGCUGCAGAAGUGCAGCUUCUGCUGGGAUGACUGGGUCGCAGUCACAGCCAGGGGCCUGGCAAAGCGGCCUCGGGGCAGGAGGGAAAGUCCUCCGCCCCAUGCCCAACUCUUCACCCCUGUGAAAUCCCCUGGCAGGGAGCAGGAGAAGAACAAACGGCAAAGGAGAGGCAGAGGAGCCAGGCGAGGACGGGGCCACCAGCUGGCAGUGGAGCCCAGCCCGGAGCCAGAACCAGAGCCGGACCCUCAGCUUGACCCACAGGAGGAGGCUGAGCCAGCGCCCUCCAAGCUGGCACUGCCUGAGCCACUGCAUCAAGAACAGCCGCCCGUGCUGACCAUGCAGGACCUGGUCAGUGGGAUGCAACCGGGAGUGGCGGAGGGGGAGCUGGCAGCCAGGAGCCAGGAUCCUGCAGGUGAAGAGGAGGUGCUGAAACCAGCAGAAGCAGAACUACCAGAAGCUUUGAAUACUCCUCUGGAAAAUGACCACCAGGAUAAUGAAUACAGCACACACGUUCUAUUUUAAUUUUGUUUGGUUUUUUUUUUUAAUGUUUUGACUCCUGCCUGACAAACUCUGAUAAGUACUGCAGAGUGAUUUUGACCAGCUCCUUCCUUGUCAGUAAUAAAGCCCACACUCUCC